GCUGCCCACUGUGGCUAGGUUCCGGGGACACUCCGGCAGACGGCACGUCUAGUUCUGCGGCGAAGAAGGAGCCUCGCCGACGCCCGGCGGUGUUCUGUGCAGUUACUCCUUGGUGACUACACACACAGCAGCGUAGCUAUGGCGACUUCCCAGCUUCUCAGAAACAGUCACCUGAAGACGAGAGCACCUGUUAGAAAAAGCUUCAGUGAAGAUGUGUUCCAGUCUGUGAAGUCUUUGUUACACAGUGAGAAAGAACUGUGCAGUGUGGCAGCGGAGGGUCACCUAAAGCAGCAUGACCAUGCUGAUUUACCUGAGGUCACAUUUCUUGGUUUUAAUGAAGAAACAGAUGCUGCCCAUAUACAGGAUUUAGCUGCCGUUUCUUUGGAACUUCCAGAUCUUCUGAAUUCACUUCAUUUCUGCAGCCUCAAUGAAAAUGAAAUAAUUUGUAUGAAGGAUAUAAAUAGAUCAUCAGAAAUGAAUAAUGAUCCUCUAAAUCAGACUCAUCAUUCUGGAAUGCUUUGUGUCAUGAGAGUGUCACCUACAUUACCAAGACUCAGAAUUGAUUUUAUCUUCAGUCUCUUGAGUAAAUACGCUACUGGCAUAAGAUAUACCUUGGACACAUACUUGCAUCAGAAGCACCAACUUGAGACCACUGAUGAAGAUGAAGAUGAUGAUACUAACCAGUCUGUAUCUUCCAUUGAGGAUGACUUUGUUACAGCUUUUGAGCACUUAGAAGAAGAAGAGACUUCAAAACUGUAUAACGACGGAAUAGAUAUUAUUGCAUUAAAGAGCCAGUGCGAUGCUGCUUCUCAGACUAUUUCUUGUCACCACAAAGAAAACCACAAUUUAAGGAUUCUGGUUAGCUCUGGACAACAGAAGCCAUUGGCUAAACCCUCAACUUCCUUAAUGAGUGCUCUGGAACAUAAAGAACUACCUUCUAUGAAAACUUCAGUUACAACACCGAUUUCAGAGCCUUGGAUCCAGAGAAGUUUCUAUAGGGCUUCUAAUGCUUCUGAGAAAGGCAGUGACGGACAGAAAACCUUUUUUUCCUCUUCUCCUGCCUACUCUUCUGAAUCAGAGUGCUCGAGCCCGAGUCCUGUGAUUUUCUUGGAUGAAGAAGGAUAUCAAAAAAGUUUAAAGGCUAAACUUGAGCUGCCUAAAAUUCCUGUGAUGAAAGAUGAUAUUGAGGAUUCAGACUCAGAAGUCAGUGAAUUUUUUGAUAGUUUUGAUCAGUUUGAUGAGCUAGAACAAGCCUCAGAUACUUCUUGUCUGUUUAUAAAAGAUACUGCUAUGAAAAAGUCAUCACAAAAGAAAGGGCACAAGCAUGAGAAAUCUUGUAUGAAUCCCCAAAAAUUCAAGUUUGAUCGUCCAGCUCUGCCAGCUAAUGUUCGAAAGCCUACUCCUCGGAAACCAGAAUCCCCAUAUAGUAACCUGUGUGAGGCUCCUGAUUCCCCUCGCCCAGUGAAGGCCUCAGGAGAAGAUAGUGGCUUGUUUAGCCCUGUUCGUACCUCUGCUUUUAGUCCUCUUGGAGGCUGUACCCCUGCUGAAUGUUUUUGCCAGUCAGAUAAUGGAGGAGACAGAAUUCAUGAGAGUCACGAUUCCAUUUAUUACACCUAUGAAGAUUAUGCAGAUAGUGUGUCCUAUGACGUACUGGACUCAGUUCUUCAUACCCAUCACAGUUACAGAAUAUCAGACAUUACUAAAAGGGAAGAAACUAAAACUGUCGUUCUUAAGCAUGGAAAUCGUGACCAGCACAGUCAAUCUAAGACUGAAUCGUUCAUGAUUAAAGACAGUAUUCAGAAAUUUGCAGCUGACCUUGUGGAAAAAAGUUUGGCUGGUGCAUUUAAAGACUUGCAGAAAGGAGUUUCUUCAUGCACCAAUGCAUUGUGCCACUUAGCUGUCAAAUUGACGUCAUCUGUUUUUCAGAUGGCAUUUAAUGAACUGCGAAGACAGCGUGCAUUUUCACUUAAAGAACGUGCCAUUAGUGGCCUGGCCAAUUUUUUGGUGAGUGAAGCUUUGUCCAAUGCCUUAAAAGAUUUACAGUAUGUGAAGAAGCAGAUGUUCACAAAUACAGUUGCUAGGUUUGCUGCAGAUCUUGCUGAAGAGCUUGUUUUUGAAGGUAUCAUGGAGGUAUGUCAGUUUUCUUAUCCUCCAACACCUGCAUCUCCACAGUGUAAGUCAUUUGACUUUGAAAACAAAGUAGUGAAAUCCUAUGCAAAAGAUUUGUCUGAAUCUGUACUGCAGGAAGCCUUCAUCGAACUCUCCCAAGUGGAUAUGACCUUCACCACGAAGGCAGCCGUGAGUGUGUCUGUGGACGGUGUCAAGGGUGUGCGUGCAGAAAGCCUGCCAUCAGCACAGACCUUCACAUUUUCUACUUUUACCAACCAAGGAAUUCCGGGAACAAAACCAACACAGGACUCUAAGAAGGAAUACACAGUGCAGCAGGCCUUGUUUUGUACUUCUGGAAUUGUUACUUCUAUACCAGUGCCCUUGGCAGGAAGUGCCCUCCGCCCAUAUCAUACUUCAUCUGCAGUGUGUCAGGGAAAGACUGCUCAGUCAUCUGAUGGGCAUCAUUCACAUGAUUCUCCCCAAACACCUGUUCCCAUGAAACGCAAAGGAGAAGUAGCUUGUCUCAGAAAUGUUUGUUUACCUUCAGAACACAAUUCCCCUAACCAAAGUGAUUUUAAAACAGCUAAUGAUGAUGUUGAAAUGCAGAGUUCUCCAAAAUCAGCAAGCGAGCCUGUGAUUAUUAGUAACUUUUCUGCAGCAAUGGCACGCACAUUAGUAAAUGAAACUUUAGAGUCUGUGGCAUCAUUUGAAGCUGCAGAAAUAGUUAAUGAAUACACAAGUGAUUUAAAUAAAGUAAUAACGGAAAAAUCUCCUUUGUCCCAUUGUGAUCCGGCAACACUGCAGCAACGUGAAGUCAGCAAUAAGGAUAAGUUUGCUGAGUGCUUAUCUAAAUCUGUUAUUAAACAUUCCAUAGACGAAAGUAAAUCAGUGACUUCAACUAGAGAUAAAAAUGCAGCAGGUAAGGAGGGCAUACCGAUUCCUGGAGAAGAAUCACAGUUAACUUUCCAAAAGGUUCCUAAGUUUCUUGACACUCAAGAUCACUUAACUGACUGUUCACUUUCAGUAAAAAAGGAUUGUGUUCCAGUACAGAAAAAUCCGCUAGCUCAUGAAUUUUCUUUGGAGACACUGCCAACUUGUCCAACCAUGGCAAGUCAAAAGCUUGGUUUGACAGAACUCGCUAAGGAUAAACCAGUGAAAAAGCAGAACGUGAAGAACACAGCGACUGAGUCCUGGUCUUUUGGACAGGAAAGCCCCUUUCCUCACUCACAUGCUUUCUCAUCUUCAGUGUUUACCUGUGUAGAUGGCUUCCAGGUGGAAGACAAGCCAAAAAUUAGAGACAGAAAUGUAAUACCUGAUACUCCUCCAUCGACUCCACUACUGCCUUCCCAGGCCAGUUCUGAGUGGGAUAUCAAGAAAUUAACCAAAAAGCUCAAGGGUGAAUUAGCCAAAGAAUUUGCACCUGCUACACCGCCUUCCACACCUCACAACUCAUCUGUUGGUAAUCUGUCUGAAAAUGAGCAAAAUACCAUAGAGAAAGAAGAGUUCAUGUUGAAACUCAUGCGGUCUCUUUCAGAAGAAGUUGAAGGUAGUGAAGAUGAGGAGCAGCCUCAAGUGAAUGCGAAGUUGGAGCACUCAAGGAAGAAAGUUCAGUUUGCAGAAGGAUUAGCUACACACAUCAUUUCAACGGCAACUGAAAUGGCAGCUUCCUACUUAGACAAUAAAAUAACUCAAGAACUCGAGGAUAAACGUGCUUGCUUGGAUUUGCAGAGUCAAAGAAGCAUAUCACCUACUUUAAAUUGCGCAGCUGAAGAUUUGCAAACGCUGUACAGUUUUGCAGGUGACAUGGCAACAGAAGUCAUUACAGAAGCUGAGAAAAUUGCAAAAGCUAAAAGUUACAUGAUUUUUAGGCAGAGGAAGAACAGUUGUUAUCUUGAUGGUGACCGAGAUUAUCGAUCAGAAGAGAAGUUAAAUGUGGAGACGGUGACACACCCGAAAGAAGUGGACUCGUUUCUUCUUUCUUUACCACCAAGUUCUCGUAUGUCAGGGCUGACGUAUAAGUAUCCCAGCUGUGAAAGUGUGACAGAUGAAUACGCAGGUCACAUUAUACAAAUCCUAAAAAAGGAAGGUGGUAAUAGUGAGUUAAUAAUGGAUCAGUAUGCCAAUAGACUUGCCUAUCGAUCUGUGAAGUCAGGAUUACAAGAAGCAGCUAAGACAGCCAAAAUGAAGUGCAGCACAGCCAUGUUCCCUGUGCAGAGCUCACAGGUGAAGACCAACGGUGAACUGCAAAUGCUUUCAAAUAAAGACCACCACAAAGAAAUAGAGAAAAGAAGACAAAAUAAAAGAAAUGGAGGUUACCUUUGUAAAAAUCAAACUUGUGAAAGGAUGCAGGACACAUAUAGAAGUGAAUGCUCUGAACUGUAUAGUUUUUCGAGCUCUCUUGCUCAUAGUAUAGCGAGAGACGUUAGAAAAGAACUGGCAGGAUCUACAGUUAGCUUGCCAAAAUCUUUAACAAAGCCUUGCCUUUAUAAUAGGUCAACUUGUAGUGAAGGCACUGAGCAUCACAUUGAACCAGAAUCUCCCAAAAUUCCUAAGCCUUCUCAACAUCCUGGGCUUUGCCAAAGAACAGGCAGCACAGCUGGACAUGGUUAUGGAAUGAAUGUUGUUCAGGCUAUAGAACAGUAUGCUAAAAAGGUUGUGGAUGACACUUUGGAGCUAAGUUUAGGAUCUGCACUUUUCCCAGCGUCUGAGACCACAAAAUCAGCAGAUAGGGUCACUUAUGCUCAAAAGUUGUCACCACUUAUGAGCCAGGCUUGCAGGUACUGUGACCUUAAAGAACUCCAUGAUUGCACCGGAAGCUCAUCUCAGCAGUUUCCCAGACAGAGUUCAUUUUCUCGCAGGAAGCCCAUUUCAACUUCAAAAUUCAGCAAUGUCUGUCAGAAAUCUAAAAUUUUUCAUCUUGAUGUCCCUCAAAUUCACGUUAACCUUGAUAAGAAGACAUUGCUUGCUGAGAAGAUAGUUGCUGAAGCUAUUGAAAAAGCAGAGAAAGAGCUGAGCAAUACCAGUGUGGCAGCUGAUAGUGGAAUUGGGCAAGACGGUGUUAGCUUUGCGGAAAGCCUGACAACAGAAAUAAUGACUUCAGCUAUGACAAACAUUGGCCAGGCUGUGAACUGUUCAAAAGAAAUGGAAGACUUUCAGUCAACUGAGUCUUUUAGUAGCCAGCAGAUGAAUCUCAGUAUUGGUGAAGACAGCACUGGCAGCUGGUCCAAUUUAAGUUUUGAAGAUGAACACCAAGACGAGAGCAGCAGUUUUCAUCAUCUGAGUGAAAGCAGUAAUGGUAACAGCAGUAGCUGGAGCAGUCUUGGUUUAGAAGGAGAUUUGUAUGAGGACAAUUUAUCCUUUCCAACAUCAGACAGUGAUGGGCCAGAUGAUAAAGAUGAGGAGCCUGAGGACGAUAUAGAAGGCUUGGAACAAGAAGGAAAGACUUUGCUGAUCACGAAUAUUGACAUGGAGCCAUGCACAGUAGACCCCCAGUUAAGGAUUAUUCUUCAAUGGCUUGUUGCCUCUGAGGCUGAAGUUGCAGAACUUUAUUUUCAUGACUCUGCAAAGAAGGAGUUUAUACUACUUUCCAGACAAUUACAAGAAAAAGGAUGGAAAGUGGGAGACCUUCUGCAGGCUGUGCUGAAGUAUUACGAAGGGAUGGAAAACACUGCCAGUGAGGAGAGAAGCAAGUCACUGUUUGACUGGCUCAUGGAAAAUGCCUAGAACAACCCCUAAGCCACUAUUUUAUCAUUUGUUUUGGGAAGGGGAAAAAUGGAUUAAAGAUGCUAAAGAUGAAAUUUGAA